AUGGAUAAAGACAAGUAUGUAACUGUUUGAGCUUGUUGUUACAAUAAGCAAAAAGGACUCCGUUGUAUUUGGUGUAACUUUCAACUUUGCAACUUUCAAAUUACACGGAAAGUUGACUUUUCCAUACAUGCUUGAAAUUUUUUGAAACUGCUAUAGGAUUAACAGCCAAAGUCGGGUCAGUAUAAAACAUGGACUAAGUAUAAAAUGCAGGCCACAGACUAGGUAGUAAAAUGCCGACUGACUUCUUUAGGUAGACUCACUAGACAGACGGAUGCUUGUUGUAUCCACUGUCAUUUCCAGAAUAUAAAUAUAUAAAUAGCAAAAAUAUGAAUUUUUUCUGAUCUCACUGUAAAAUUGCAUAAUCACGGACCUGUUGGGAACGUUUGUUUUUAAAAUAUAACGAAGUCAAACUAGUCACUUCUGUUUUCUUUGGACUGUCCAUUAGAUAUCUCCCAUAAGUAGCCUAGACUACAGGUGUUUUCUUCGAGUACGCAAAUGCCGUUUCUGCUAGCGUUACCGCCAUGUUGAAUUUUUCUUACCUCCCCUUUUGCCUAAUGACCACCCCAAGGGUUGCUAUUCCUACUCUCCCCAGUCCUCCUCAGUGAUCUAAUAAAAAUCAGUGACCACGGAAUUUUGAACACAAACAAGUACCUUUUGCCUGCCCAAAAAAACGGCCAUAAUGCAGGCUUUCCCGUUCGCUGAAAAUUAUAAUGCAAUAAAUGAAGGUUCUGCAAACACAAACAACUGAAAUACUGUAAGCAAAGUUUUUAACAUACAAUGAUAAUUAUAUUUUUUUCAAAGGACAAUAUUGAAUUUUUCAUGUGUCUUCAAUAUUUUUGUGCGACCUAAAAAAAAAAGCUCUGCAACAAAGACUACGAAAUGAGUCCAAAAAUUAACCGUCUGUGUUUUAUACUGAACGCAGCCAAAGCAUUACACAAAAAUGUGUCAUUUAACGAGUUUAUCUGUUUAUGAAAGUCUAUGUGGCCUAUGAAUUAAUACUUAUGACUAACAAACAUGUUCUAUUUAGUUAUAUUAUUACAAAUAGGUUGCGGCCUUGAAUCAAACUGGAUAAACAAGAUUAAGGUGAAUCCAUUGCUAUAGGUAAUAGCAUGAUUUGUAGUGAUAUUUGGCAUAAAUAAUACUCAUGAUAUUUCAAAAUUGUCUCAAAUUUCACUCGCCUAACGGCUUGAAAUUACACACAACAAUUUCCAAACAACACUCAUGGUAUUUAUGCCAAAUAUCACUACAAAUCAUGCUAUUGCCUAUACAAAUGUCACAUACAAAUCAUGCUAUUAUUUGUUUAUACUAUUACCCGCAAAAGGUUUGCACCUUCCACAUGUAACUAUUUCAAAUUAAGGAAUAACCCAAUCAAAUUGCAGAAAUUUUUCACGUAGUAUUAUACAUGAAUAAAUAAUAAUUGAACGUAACACAACAGACUAUAGACUAAAGCAGAACCGCAUGGAACAGAAUAAGGAUAAGGCUGGCAGAAUGUUUAUGAAAGGAUAAGAUGGAAUGGAAAAGGAUAGGAUAGGCUAGGAUGGAAAGAGAUGGUAUAGCAUGACAUAACAUAGCACAGCGCAGUAAAACACCGCAUAGCAUUGGUUAUUGCUUAUGCCACUGACAUGCCAUGCAAUUUUAUAUUUUAAUUGUAUUCUGUACAUUCAUUCAUCCAUGUGUUUCUUGAUCAAUUCAUUCAUUUAUUCAAUCUUUUUUUUAUAUCAUUUGUCAGUCAUUUCAGUUUCCAUAAACCCCUCGUUUAUACAUGAACUUCAAAAAUGGGGUCCUCAAAAAUGGUCCUCGAUAUGCAUUAAAUAACAACUUAUCCAAACUAGGUAAUUCAAACAGAAACGUAUUGUUUUUUCAGAAGCUUGGCAACAACAGAAGAUAUGGACCAUUGUACCAUCCUAAACAUCCUGCUUGACAAUCUUGAACAACUUGAUUUAAAACACAAAUCUGCUUUAAGGGAGGAUAAGAUAUUUACUCUCUAUCAGAGGGUUAUACCUAUAGCUUCUGCAGAAUUAGAUGACAAUAGAGCAUACAUUUCCAAAGGAAAUGCAAAGCGCUUCUACCAAUACAGCAUUACUCAUACAGGCCAUUCAGAAAAUGGGGCGUUCUUUGCCAAUAUAAAAGCAUCAAAGGCUACAAAAAGGAUUAUGUUCCAAAUGAGGUUUAUAGACUUACCACAUAUUACAGAAUGA